CACACAGCACAUUAUCCGACAUGGGAGCCACUGCCAGCAAGACCCCGGCGGCUGUCGCGUCGGCCUCGCGUAGCCGUGUGAUCCGCACUAACGUGUCGCUGGAGCAGUUGGUCGCUCUGUCCCAUGGCGCCGCCGCCGAGCUCCCGGCGCAGACCCAGGUAGCAGCCGUCGAGAUGUCGGCGGCGCCAAUCGACUCGCAUGGUUCGCACGUGGAAUUGAUGGAGAUGCAGACGCAAAUGCUGGACGACGUUCAGAAAAUCGAGGAGUUUGACCGCGUCAAGUUCCUUGAGGAGAGUACACGCGCCUUUGAGGCCACCGCCAGUAGCCACCGCCCACGAUCAUCGCAGCCUGUGCGACUUCCAACCGACAAGACCAACGCUGCGUCUUCCUCGGGCAUCGGAGGCAUAGACGAGGAGGAAAUUCGCGGCCGCUUGACUUCGAGAGACCUACGGACGUUGUUGCGUCUCCACUACGAGAAGCCCCAGAGCUGGACACACGAGGUACUCGCAGACAAGUAUGGACUCGACGUCGACACAAUGCGCAGCAUCCUCAGCAGCGUUGGUCCGCCCAACGUGCUGCCUCCAAAAGGAACAUCCGAACACCCGCUCGGUGUGUGGUUCGACGCCCCCGGCCAAUUACCCGCCCAGAGCGAGCAGCAACAGAUCCGCUCGUAGACGUCGUACCGUAAAAUGCCAAUAUUUUAGACACUACGUUACAAUUUUCAUCCAAUCGUAUUAUUUUACAUGAGUUUUCACC